GAACUAACAACAGUAGACAAAAAUCGCUCGGCAGGCCAGUGAGGUCGGCCGAGUUUUCACGCGAUUUUUAUUAAAAUGGCUUGCAAUAUAAAACCGAUGCACAAAAGCAAACAUUUUCCGAUAGACCAGCUCGUGUGCGUCGGUAACUAUGAGCUGGAGAAAACGAUCGGCACAGGGAAUUUUGCUGUUGUAAAACUGGCUACACAUGUUAUUACUAGGAGUAAGGUCGCAAUAAAAAUUAUAGACAAAACUCGUUUGGACGAGGACAACCUAAAGAAGACUUUCAGAGAAAUAGCCAUUAUGAAGAGACUGAAACAUCCGCACAUAGUUAGGUUAUAUCAGGUUAUGGAAAGUAGUCACACAAUUUAUUUAGUCACAGAAUACGCGCCGAAUGGUGAAAUUUUUGAUCACCUGGUGUCCCGAGGGAGGAUGCCGGAGCCCGAGGCAGCACACGCGUUCGCUCAGAUGGUGGCAGCGGUGGGAUACUGCCACGCCAACGGAGUGGUCCAUAGGGAUCUUAAAGCUGAGAAUUUGUUGCUGGAUAGUAAUAUGAAUAUUAAGCUAGCCGACUUCGGCUUCAGCAACUCGUACACGGCCGGCUCGCCGCUGGCCACGUGGUGCGGCAGCCCGCCGUACGCGGCGCCGGAGUUGUUCGAGGGCAGGCAGUAUGACGGGCCCCGUGCUGAUAUAUGGAGCUUGGGCGUGGUGUUGUACGUGCUGGUGUGCGGCGCGCUGCCCUUCGACGGCGGCACGCUGCAUGAGUUACGCAGCGUCGUUUUGGCGGGAAAGUUUCGGAUACCUUAUUUCAUGUCGCAAGAAUGUGAGCACCUGAUCCGGCACAUGCUGGUGGUGGAGCCCGAGAAGCGGCUGUCGCUGCGCGCCGUGGGCCGCCACCGCUGGCUGGCUGCGCACGCGCCGCUGCAGCACCAGAGGCAAGACAUAUCCGAAGGCGCAUGCGCAUGUCACUCGGAGUGCGUAUCGGGCGAGAGCGAACAUCGCGAUCGCGUUCUAGCGCACAUGAUGACUCUACCUCAGCUCUCCGAGAGCGACAUACACCAGUCAGUACAAGAAGAACGGUUUGACCACAUAUCAGCUAUAUAUCACUUGUUGAUGGACAAACUCCAGCAGAGAUCCAGCGACAGGAGUGAAAGAGACUCUCUAGACUCGACGACCGGCCAGCCCUUAGAUCUCACUAGUUGUAAGAGCGAGGACGAAGACAAAAUGGACGCGGAACAGUCGCCAUUACAAGACGGGCUGGUCGCAAUGCCAGUACACGAUUUGGCGCACAGAGCUGACAGUUUGGAGAAGUUCGGCGAGUGCGCGCGGCCGCUGCCCGCGCCGCGCCGCGCGCCGGACGCGCGCGCCGCGCGCCGCCACACCGUGGGCCCGGGCGACUGUGCGCACGCGCAGGGCGGAGAGCUGGGCGUGUGCGGCGCGGCGUCCGCGGAGCUGCGUGCCGCGCCGCUCAGUGUGACGCCCGCCUUCCACCAGCAGCCGCCGCAGAACGUGUCGCUGCUGCCGAACACGAACCUGGCGGUGAAGCUGCCCGCCGUGCAGCACCAGCCGCCGCGCUACUUCAGCGUCAAGGACCAGCACCUGCUGAAGCCGCCGCACGCGAUGCAGACGCAAGGGUUCGGGCGGCGCGCGUCGGACGGCGGCGCGUGCGCGCGCGGCCGCGAGCGCGCCUGCUGCCGCUCUGCGCCCGCGCACCACGUCUCGGACAGCGGCACGCCCCAGCGGGACCCCGAACAGAACGAGGAGCAAUCAGCUGAUUACAACACAAAUCUGUGCAGGUACAUGAUGAACCGGGGCAGCAGUAAGCGGCACACGAUGGCGACGCCGGAGGACGCCGCUAAUGUGGUGACGUCAUGCAGCACUUCUAAUAUGUCAAGCACAUCGCCGUCAUCGACGACGAGCCUGCGCGUGCGCAGGACAGGUCUGCUCACCGUCACAGAGAGGCCGCCCGUCAUAAGCCCUGAGCUCGUAAUGGAGGUCGAAGCGCGAAUGAAGAGAAACUAUUUACCCCCCUCUAUACAGGGGCAGUACGGCCCUUCCAGUCCCGGUUCGUCCCAAAACGUCCCACAGAGUCCCACUCAAGGUUCAAUCACAGCUGGGACACCAAGUUAUAAUCAAAAUCAGAAAAAUAUGAAGCCAGUCUUAGAGACGAUACCACAAGGAAGUAUAAUGGGGAAUGUCGGAUCGAUAACUUCUGGAAUGCCUGUCACGACGCAAGCGGUGGCCCCUUUCACCCCGACUUUGGGUCAGUUUUCCCCGAAUCAAGGGACUCAGGGGUCAAUAACAUCUGGGACACCGGUGGGGCAGAAUCAAAAUUUCGCGCUUGGUACAUUGGGACAAAACACAAAUAUGAGUUACGGUCAAGGCUCAAUUGUAUCGGGUACUCCGAUUGGUGGAUUCGGGACGCAACAGAAUCAAUCGAUCAAUCAAUUUGUGACAGGAAAUAUGUUUGGGACACAGAAUAUGAUGCCAAUGAGCUAUGAUGCUAAUUUCGGGACACAACCUCAAGGUACAGCCAUGAGUGGAAUGCAAAUGAAUGCAAAUUUUGCCAACCAACACCAAGGGUUUGGACAAACGAGUUUCAAUACGAAUCCUGGACAGAAUCUGGGAUCUAUCAUGUCCGGAACACCGUGUACCAAUUUUGGCAAUCAAAACCAAUUCGUACAAAAUCAGAAUCAGGGUUCAAUAAUGUCUGGGACACCGAUUAACAAUAAUUUCGCACAAAAUCAAGGUAUGAUACCUGGCCAAGGUAGUUGUACGCAAAUGAAUGCGCAAUACACGCAAAAUCAAAGUUUCCAUCAAAAUCCUGGAGCCCAAAAUCAGGGUUCCAUCAUGAGUGGGACCCCUAUGACUUUCGGAACCCAAAACCAAAGUUCUAUGCCUGGUGUCCAAAUUCAAGGGUCUAUAAUGAGUGGCACGCCAAUGAACACUAACGCCAAUUACAGUUUACAAAAUCAAAGCUUUCCCGCACCGAGUGGUUCAAAUCAGGGUACACUUUUGAAUAACACUAAUUUCGGGACACAAUCAAAUCAAGGAUCGAUUAUGAGCGGUACGCCGAUCAAUAAUAAUUUCGGGCCACAACAGAAUCAAGGAUUCGGGCCACAGAGUCAAUCGUCUAACCAAUUCGACGCGAGCAAUAAUUUUGGAACUAAUUAUGGAAAUAAUACAAAUUUCGGGACAAACUAUAUGCCGCCACCUGGGCCGGCGGCCGGCGGCUCUGGCGCGGGCUAUAACACGAGGCAAAGGAAAUAUUCCGGGCCGCAACGAGUGAAACUACAAACGUUAGCGACUGUACAAGAAAUGGCUCGAGAACACGCGGAGCGCUACUCGCCAGUGAGGAGGGCGGAGUGCGAGCCUCCGCGGACGACGCAUGAUCUAGCUUCGGCCAGGCUGGAGUAUCAGCAGUUACAGCGCGGGUUGGAGCGGCGCGGCGCGGGCGCAUCGCCGCCGUCGCCCGACACGCGCCACACGCCGCACACCAGCAUGCCAGGCUCGCCGAUCCACUGCGGCGCGCCGUCGCUGGAUUUGAACCUGGUGUCGCCGGACGCGGCGCGUGCUGUGAUCGCGCGCGCCAACUCGCUGCCGGAGCCGGGGGACGUGGCUGUGACCAAUAUACUGACGCAGGACGUGGCGUUGAAACUGGGCAUUAAUCUGAACACGCUUCUCUCGCCCCACGUGAACAUAUCCCAGGAGAUCCUCAAAGCGAUACACUCGUUCGGGAACUACUCCCUCCUGUCGGGGCACACGUCCCCCGCCAGCCCGGGGUCCCCCCUCCACCAGAUCACCGAGGGCAUCUCCUACCUCCACACUGGCUCUAUAACGAGGGGAACUCCCCAAGCCAACGCCACACCCUUGGACCUCCGCAGCAACGUUGACAUGGAAACGCAAUACCCACAACUCUUGGUACACCCUCAAAUACACGUGGUGGCUCACAGGUCCUUGAACAACUCCCCCAUCUCGAACCCAGGCUCCCCCUUGGACAUGAUACAGGAGGAAAUCGGCAACGGGUCGUUUCAGGACAGUAGGUUUCAAAACUACGUCGCUACUCAUCCGCAGAUCAGUCUGACUGACUGCCUAGGGUCUGAAGUCACUUUGGUGGCGUCUUCGUCCGAAGACAGCAUGGACAGUUUAGAAAAUACCAAAUAUUCUCUACCGCAGUUCGUCAUUUCCGAGCCGUCAGACUUGGAUGACAGACCGUCGAUAACUAAAGGUAUCGGCCGGAAGGUCAGUCAGGAAACGGAAGUGGUCGAGACUAAAAUAGCUGACGAUUCAGAAAUGACGUCGCCCAAAGACGAGGAUACGAAGUUUUUGACGGAGGACUUGAAGUCGCGACGGGGCAGUGAUAAGAGUUUGGGCUUCAGCGACGACUCGCUGAGCAACGAUUCGGCGAACGUCUCGCCGAAUUGCGAGCACAACGUGCACUCGAUUUAUUCGAAUAUAGUAUCGAUUAGCUCCGGCUUCAGCGAGAACAGGGGCAGUUUCUCCGAGCGGCGCGAGUCGUUCUCGUUCUCGGACCGCGGCAGUUUCUCGGAACGCGGCGAUUAUGGACGGUCGUCGUUUUCAGAGAGAAGCGACUUCGGUCGCGGCAGUUUUUCGGAAAAAGGUGAAACACCGCGGUCUUCCUUCUCGGCUCAGGGCGUUCUGGGCGAAGUGAGAGAAGACGACGUCUACAUGUCUCGCGAUUCGAGCCGGCAUUGCUUAGAAAAAUGCGAUGAAGUUAAUGAAGACAUUGAUAAAAUACAAAGGUCGACCAUGGACUUACGUUUGACGGAAAUCUGUAGGCCCGAAGAGAAAAUACCUAUAUUGCUAAGUCCUCAGAAGGUUUCUUGCGUGCAAGAAUAUUACGAAGUGAGCCUGUCGACUGUCUGUUCCAAGUUGGACUCCCAAAGGAUAGUUGAGUUACUAAAAGACGCUAUAAAUAGUCGGGUCCCGCCGCAGAACAUUUUCGUCGAAACGCAUUCGACGGAAACCGACGAAACUGAAGCGUUGACCGGCUUUUUGAAUUUGGAAUACUCUGGAGGGAUACAAAUUGAGUUGGUCGUGUGUGAAAAUAAGUUAAAAGAGAAAAAGGGGUUGAAGUUGCGAAGGAUAUCUGGCGACCAGAGGGAGUACGGCAAGUUGUGUCAGCAAUUGAUCACGAGUUUGACUGUGUGAAGUUAGUCAGUCAGAUUUUAGUUUUUUGACUAGUGUGUUUGAGAAGAGGUCAGUUAAAAUGAGUUUUUUUUUAACUGCCACCGCACGUGUGACUAGAAGCAAGGUGAGGUCUUGAGAGCAAUAAUCUCUGUCUAUCCCUAUGGGAACAGUGUAAUUCUACUCAACGGCCCACAAUGUAGUUUUUAUAUCAUCAAAAAUGAACAUGGUCAAUAUGUGCGUACAACAUAUAAAAGGCGAUAAUUGAUAUAUAUCACGUUAAUAUCUCAAAUUUUAGUAUCGUGGGUUUGAUAAAAUUUGGGAACGUUUGAGUAAAAUAAAUAUUCGGAGAAAGGAAAUAAAAAAAAAUUAUAUAAAUAUAAAAACAUUUAACGCACAUGUGAAUAAUUUAGGUUUGAGUAUGUUCUGUGGAAAUUACACGAGAAAAAAUCGGCGACGAAUCUAGUUCGUCGGAUUAUAAAAAGAAAAACGACUACAAAAUUUGAAUGAAAUUAGUAGAAAAAAUAAUCUUUAAAAAAUUCCUUAUACUUGCAUUUAUUAUGGCAAGACCAUUCCUUAAUAUUUAUUGAUAUAUUCCUCGUAAUAUUUGUAAGAAUUCUUGGCUCUACAUAAUAACCUCCGUCCGCUGGAGUUACCUGCAUUCCAAUAUUGACAUUAUACAAUCUGGAAGAUAGAUGCAAAUUAUUUUUAUAUUUUUUUUAUUAUUGUAUACCUAUAAAGGUGCGUACAGGUUAUUUCAGCCAAACAGCUGAACGUGGCCUAUCAGUGUUUUCAAGAGUGUUGGCUCUGUAUUCCCCGCAUGGAAUAUAGACGUGAUUAUGUAUGUAUGUACAGGUUAUGUACCAAUGUUGUACAUAACCUGUACAUACAUACAUCUACAUUAUCUGAUAUGGUUUUACAACUUUGCAACAUAUAAAAAUUGUGUACACAUUAUGAUAACAAUGUUAUAUAACAUUUGAAAGUAACAAAUAACCUGUAAUAUAACUUAAUAUAUAACAUGUUAUAUAACAUUUAGUGUCCACAUUGAUGAAACAUUGUUGAAAUUGUUGAAUGAGUAAUACUUAUUUAAUAUGUUGUAUAAUCUGUACGCUCCGUUAGGUAUAAAAAAUUUUUAGGUAUAAUUAUUUAAUUUAUUUAUUUAUCUACUCAAAAGAACAUACACGAGCAUUUAUACAGAAACUGUAGCAUCUAAAGGUGCUUUUAGUUAAAAUUAAUUGCCUUCAUUUAUCAAUAUCUUUUAUUUGUAAUUCUUUAUUGCGCAGUAAUUUACACAUGUACAAGAAAUAGUACAUAGUUAUAAAAGAUAUAAAUUACUUGCAAUGGCGGACUUAUCCCAUUAAGGGAUUUCUUCCAGUCAACCGGCAAACAAUAAAGGAACUACAUAAUUAAGUAAAAAAUUGACAAGUCGCUGUGUUAUUAGCAACAAUAUAAUAAUAUACUAACAUAAAUACAAAUAAUAAACAUAUACCUACCCAAGAAAUAUAUUUAUUGGAUACAAGAACUUAUUGUGAAGAUGUCAAACAGCUCACAAAUAAAAUAACGAGGUACCGCUACCAAAACGAAAGCGUUGACGAAGCAGAUGAAAUUACCCUGCAGCAUUUUUUCCAACGAUGCCAAUUCAUAUAUAUACUUAAUCUUAAAUAGUAAUCUUGGAACAAACAAAAAUAUUUAUUUUAACAAUAUAAAAUAAUAUUUUACAUUGUGAAAUGAAAUUUACCUAUAGCAAAAAGAUGAGCUGUUUAUAAAUAUAUAACGCGCACUUUGGUCGUCGGUGACAACGGAUUAUUAUUGUAACAUUAUUCGAAACGUUCGAGAUAAAAUAAAACGAAAAGUAAUGCAACGCAAAAGUUCAAAAUAAAAAUAAAAGAUAAACAUUGGUUUAUAUUUUGAAGAAUAAUAUCUUGCAACUAUCUCCCAGAUGUUUUAUAAAAUUCCCUUUGUAAAAUGUAAACAUAUAAAACUCAUGAUAGCCCAAGAG